AUGAAGAACGAGACUGCGACAGACGUCGUCCCCGUCGACAGCGACCAUGAGCAGCCGCGGGCGGACGAUCGGCCGUCGUCAUCGGCAACGAACCGCGAGACGGCUAUCCCGCUACGCAUCAAGCUCAUCGCCGUUGUGCUCGUCAGUCUCAUCGGCUUCGGCUCGCACUGGAGCAGUGGUGUCACGGGUGCGAUGAAGAGCACCAUCAAGAAGAAACUUCACAUCAACAAUGCCCAGUACGCAGUCCUCGAGGCCAGCGAGGACUUCAUGAAGACGGCCCUCAUCCUCUUCAGCGGCGUCGUCACCGACCGCGUCGGCGGCGCCAACGCUCUCCUCUACGGCAACGCCGUCUACUCCCUCGGCGCCAUCCUCAUCGCCGCCGCCGCCACCGUCCGUAGCUACCGGUUCAUGAUUGGUGGUGUCGUCGUGCAGGCUCUCGGCGACAUCGCCACGCAGGUCGCCCAGUACAAGGUCUUCUCCUCGUGGUUCGCGCCCUCCAACGGCUUCGCCGCCACGCUCGGUCUCGAGCUCGGCCUCGGAAAGAUCGGCGGCUUCGUCGGCAAGGCUACCGCAAACGUCAUCGCCCGCCGCACCGGCGACUUCUCGUGGGUGUACUGGUGCGCCGUCUUCAUGAACCUCUUCACCAACGUGGCCACGUUCGUUUUUUGGUGGUUCACGCGCUGGUGCCACCGCACGUACGCGCCGUCGGCGGACCCGGCCACGGGCGAGGCCCUCACGGAGAGCAACAAGAAGUUUGAAUGGGGCAAGAUGCUGCGCCUGCCGUGGUCGUUUUGGCUCGUCGCGGCGUUUACGCUCUUCCAAACGUCCACGGCGUCGGUGUUUACACAGAACGCGACGGAGCUCGCGCAGCAGCGCUUCAACGUCACAGCCGAGAGGGCGGGCUGGUACUCGGCCAUGUCGCAGUACCUCGGAUUCUUCUUCGUGCCUCUUCUCGGUGUCUUCAUCGACGUCCUGGGCAAUCGCAUCAGCAUCAUGGUCGUGUGCGGUACUUGCAUGCUUCUUUCCAUGUGCCUCGCGGCAUGGGGGCCGACUGUGCGCGGCACCGCGGCGAGCUUUGGCGUCUACGCAUUCGCAUCGUCUCUCGGACCAACCGUCAUUAUUGACAGCAUCCGCACGACAAUGUGGUAUCAAGAAGUCUUCGGGUCGGGGUACGCCAUCAAGAACGCCAUCAACAACAGCAUGAACAUCAUCAUCCGCAUCAUCACGGGCGUCAUCCAAGACCGCGAUAACAACAGCUACGAUCGAGUCGUCGUCGUCUAUGUAUUCUUGUCGGUGGGCUCCGUCGCGGUUGCUCUGGUGUUGCUGGUUUGGAGUCGGUUUGACGUCAUUCUCGGCCGCCUGCAGUGGACGAGGAAGCAGAGGCUGGCAAAGGGACAUCUGAUCAACGAAAGAAAGGACAAGUUUGAGCACGACGAGAAUGCGGAGAGGAAUCGGCAGGUCAGUUUGUGCUGCUUUGGUGCGACGAUCGCGCUCAUUUUGGGAGCCUGGGCUGCAUAUUUCUGGGGCGUGGCAACAGGCAACAAUCGGUAG